AUGCUGCAAUUACCAGAGGAAUUGAAAACCUCGCUCAGUUAUAUUGGUGCUGCAACAACUUGUUAUCUUGCCCUACAAGUCGCCAGUCAUUUUUAUUGCUACCUUCGACCAUCCAGUCUUUCACGCUACAACCCCCCUGGGAAAGAUGCUUGGGCUCUUGUGACCGGCUCCAGCGAUGGAAUAGGUUUCGGGUUUGCCCAGGAACUCUGCAAGCGCGGGUUCAAUGUCUUCCUGCACGGUCGAAACCACGACAAAUUACUACGAAAGAAGGAUGAGCUGCUGGCGGAGUUCCCCAACGCGAAGGUUCGGACCAUCGUCUUUGACGCAGUUAAAAGCACUGAAGAUCUCAGUCGGAUUGCACAAGAGAUCGGCGACGCUCGUCUCACGGUUCUGGUCAACAAUGCUGGAGGGGAGAUGAAGCCGUUCAAGCGACUGGCCGAGCUCACACAGGAAGACGCGCAGGCAACCAUCAGCCUUAAUGCUACUUUUGCGGUGCAGAUCACGCGCGUCCUGAUGCCGAUACUCGAAAAGAAUGGCCCGAGUCUCAUUCUCACCGUCUCUUCCGCAGCAGCCUAUGGGAUGCCGACCAUCACAGUAUACAGUGGCACCAAGGGAUUCGUGGAAUCCUUUACUCGGUCGCUGCAAGCCGAAGUGACGCUCGACGGAAAAGACGUGGAAGUUCUCGGGUUACGAGUGGGAAAUACUAAGAGUCAAGGGAAUGAUGUUGCGGUGAACCUAUUCACCCCAACUUCUCGCACUCUGGCCGGAGCGGCCUUGAAUCGUGUCGGGUGCGACGGAUCGGUUGUCUGGGCGUAUUGGCCGCACUCCCUCCAGGGUCUGAGCUUCCACCUAAUCCCAAGAAAUGUGCUGAUUCGAAUAUUGGGAGGCCGUCUCAGAGAUAUGAAGGAGGAGGCUGAAGCGAAACAGGCGAAGAAGAGGUGCUUCUUUCAUUAUCACAAGAACCAUUUUACUUCUUCAGUUCUACGUGAGGGGUUACCAAUGACGACUCUUGUGCCCCGCGAGCCUUACUCCAAGGAAGAGCUUGAGCAGCUCUAUCCAAAGGAGCUUCAGCUUCAAUUGGUCCAGGUGUUCCUUCGUCACGGUGAACGGACACCGGUUUCCUCGCGAUUCCAGAAUGCAGGCCUCGCACCGUGUAAGAAACCCUGCACCGAAUUUACUAAGCCUUACUGCUCGUUCCUAACUCGAUUACCACACAAAGAUUGGCCGUAUUGCAAUGUCGCGCGUCGGAUGAUCCAGAUGGCAGCCAGCGAGAAAGACCUCUCAUCGUGGAAUGGCUUCCAAUGGCGGAGGAAAAUGGAAGCCUUUGGUGAGAGAGACGAGUCGGUUGUUGCCGUGGGUGCGGCGGGUGAUAUAGAGGACAGAGGGCGGGAGACCACAUUUGCGCUGGGUCAGCGUCUGAGACAUCUAUAUGUCGAUCAGCUCGGUUUCAUGCCAAAGAUCAAAUCCGAUGCAGAAGAUAUGUAUCUUCGCGCGACGCCUAUCCCUCGAGCUCUCGAGUCUCUCCAACAAGCCUUCUGGGGCAUGUACCCGGCCAGUGCGCGUACGCAAGACUUCCCUCCGCCGGUGAUUGUCGCCCGCUCCGUCUCGGAUGAGACACUCUUCCCCAAUGAGGGUAACUGCCGGCGAUUCAGGCAAUUGGCCCGGCUAUUCGCGGACCGUGCCGCAAAGAGAUGGAACGAAUCCGAACAGAUGAACUACCUCAACGGCCUCUGGUCUAAGUGGAUGCCCGACGCCUCUCCCCGAAUCGCCGUCGACUCCCACCCCCGCCUCUCCGGUAUCCAAGACACGAUCAACGCGACCGACGCCCACGGCCGCGCCACGAGACUACCCGCAGAGUUCUACGACAAGCAAGCCCGCGAGUACACCAACACCAUCGCCGUUGACGAGUGGUUCGCCGGAUACGCGGAGAGCAGGGAAUACCGGAAACUCGGGAUCGGCGCCCUGAUGGGCGACGUGGUCGACCGCAUGGUCAACGCCGCCGCCAACGGCGGCUGGCGCAGCGAGCGCUCCGCCUCCGGCUCGUCCGCGGAGAACGGCAAGGCGAUCAAGUUCGCCAUGAGCGGGUGCCACGAUACCACCCUCGCCGCUAUCCUGGGCAGCGUGGGCGCCUUCGACGCCAAAUGGCCGCCUUUCACCUCUUCCAUCGCCAUUGAACUCUUCUCCCGCGCGGAGAACAGCCCCGCCUCGUCACCUUCCUCGUCCGGCAAGCAAAAGGGCCUCCUCUCGUACUUCACUGGUGAUGGCGUCUCGCCAUCGUCCGACACAGACCGCGCCCCGCUUUCGUCGCUCCCAAAUGCAAAACGGCAGGCGCUGCAGAACCACUACGUGCGUAUUAGAUACAAUGACCGCCCCGUUCGGAUUCCCGGCUGCGCGGCGAAAGCGGAGAAGCAUCUCCCCGGCGACGAGACGUUCUGCACGCUCGAUGCGUUCAAGGAGAUCGUGGAUAAGUUCACGCCCAAGAGCUGGAGGGACGAGUGUGUACAGAAUCUUGGGGAGGGGCUGUACGGUAAGGACGACGCGGAGAAGGCUGUUGCCGGGUUCUAG